AUGAUAUAUGUAGAAUUACCACCACAUUUAAAAGAUGCUGGACAAUUUCAAUUUUUAACUAAUUUAUCAUUAAUUUAUUCAAUAAUUACAUUUGUUAUUGGAGCAAUUGCACAUUUAUUUAAAUCAGAAUAUUUGUUUUUAUUAAAAAAUGAUUUACAUCCUAUUGGAUUAGCUUUAGAAAGUAUUGUUGCUGGUGUUUAUUGGCCUCUUAGAUUAUUUUUUUUACAUUUAUUAACUAAAGAUCCAUCAAAAUUUAAAAUGCCAAUUAUAACUGAUUUAUCAAUUCAUUUAAUGCCAAUAGUAAGUUUAUUAAUUGAUUAUCUUAUAUUUAUGCCAAAAUGGACAAUAAGUAUAAAUACAGCAUUAGCAUUUGUUGUGAGUUUUACUACUUUUUAUUGGUUUUUGUUAAAAAAUUUAAUAGAUGUUGAUAAAGGUGGUAGAUAUCCUUAUGAAUUUAUGAAUGUGGAAAAAGAAAGUUCAAGAAUUAUUGUGUUUGCUGUCGUUGGGAUCGUGGCUUUUAUUCAGUUUUUAUUUAUGAGACAAGUUUACGAUUGGGUUGUUGGAAAGACUGAAGAAGCAACUACUAAGAUUGAUGAAGAAAUGGAUAAAAAAAAUUUAUAG